UUAUUUUCAUGUUUCAAAGCUUGUUGUCCACCACGACACGACACAAAUAAUAAAAGUUCACGUCCUUCAAAGGUAUGAAAAGAUUUUUUUAAAUUGUUAGAAUAGCCUGCAAUUUUUAGGUUUUUAUAUUCCAUAUUGGAUUAUAAUUUGCAUUUCGUGUCAAGAGUGUUGAGUGAAAAAAUACUGCUUGUAUUUUGCAAUCCACCACAGUGUUAAAUGAGAAAAUAAAUAAGAUUCCUGGACAUAAGACAAAAAUGGAGGACAACCAAAACAUGGAUGAUAUUGAGCAGAACUUCCUGACUCAAUUUAGUUCGAUGGUAACAUCAGAUAAGGAUGACUUGAUUAAGCAGUUCCAAUCCAUAGGCGAGAAUUUAAACUAUUCCACUGCUACGUUUUUCCUGGAUAUGUCUAAUUGGAACCUGCAAGCUGCCGUAGGAUGUUAUUUUGAUUUUAUGGCAUUUUCCCGUCUUCCCUCGAUGAAGUUCCUGAACGAUCUCACCAUAGGGAAGGAUGAGAAAGUAACACCAAACACACCAUUCAAACAAUCAUGGCUACUGCAGAACAAUGGCGAAACAAGUUGGCCAGACGGUACAUAUUUAAAAAAUGAAUCCGAGGAAAAGAAAUACUUUCUACCUGCGUUAUCACCAAACGAUACUACGGUUGUAACAAUCGAGCAAAUGAGCCCGGCCUCUGUUGGACCAUUCAUCACUCGAUGGAGCGUGUAUACUUCAAACGGAUCCCAAUUUGGAGAAACAAUUACAUCAAAUAUAGAUGUGUGCCAAAGUGGAACAUUAGCCAUUACUCAGCAAAUGUCCCAGCUGCAACCCAUAGCCUCACCAGAUAUUGAAAUUUUCGAAGGUCUUUCAGCGACACAUCAGAGCAACUCUGACAACGUCGCUCUUUUGGACCGUGGAUCAGGAGAAUCGUCCAGUUAUAUGGAACAGCCCAAUUGGAUGAGGAAAUACGAAGACAUCGCUUAUGUCCUUAAAAAGAUUGAAACAAAAAUUGAUGAAUUAGAGCAAAUUCAAGGAUCUACAGCUCGAUCGGUACUCAAAGAGAACUUCGAUAAUACACGCAAGGUUCAAAAACACGCAGAAGACAUUUCCAGGCUUAUUUCUACAACUUAUGGUGAUAUAAAAACGGCUAAAUCAUUUACUAGAAGUCAAAAUCGCCAAGAAGCUGUACUGCUACAAAACUUGGAGAAGAAAUUAUUGAUGACAUUACAGUCUACAUCUGAACGUUUUCAGCAGACUCAAACAGUGUUUAAUGAUAAUCUUAACAACAUACAACAGAAUUCUCAACUAUUCUAUGACAAAAUUUCAGCUAAUAUAGAUUCAAAAUCUAGUAAUUCAGUGGAUACUUUCGACAACUUUCUCAAUAUGAAUGUAUCAAGCGGUGAUAUGGGAGAUAAAGAAGAUGAUAAAUUAGAUGACUAUUUCCAAUUACCUGCAACCGGUCUGAGCAUAAAUCAAAAACAACUAAUGAUAAUCGAAGCUGAUAACACAAAAAUGAUUCAAUCUCGAGAACAGGAAGUAUCAAAAAUUGUCAAUUCGAUAGAGGAUUUGAACAUUGUGUUUAAAGAUCUUUCGCAAAUAAUUCAAGAACAGGGUACAAUUUUGGAUAGAAUCGACUACAAUGUUGAAUGUACUCAAACCAAAGUAUUUGAAGGGUAUCAACAACUUCAGAAAGCCGACAAAUAUCAGAGAAAAAAUAAAAGAAUGCACUGUAUAUUGAUUCUAGCGAGUAUGAUAAUGUUCAUGAUAAUUUUGACUAUUUUUACUAAAUUUUAAUUUUUACCGUUUAAAUGAACACAGCCUCAGAUUAUUGUCAAAAAACGCUACAACUAAUUUGUUAUGUUGACAAAAUAGAAGGAGUAUAGUUAAUUAAAAGCGUGAAUGUUGUAUGUAUAUUUAUGAUGUAUGUAAAUUCAAAUAAAUUUUAUGUUGCCAAUUAUGUGUAUAUUA